UUCUGGGGGGCGUGUCCGCCGGCGGGGGCGAGCCGUACUGGGGGCGUGGCUCUCUGCUCCCGUGCAGGCCAGGCUGGACGCGACUGACCGUGGUCGUGGGCGGACGGUGGCUGCGGCGCGGAGGAGCUGGGGUCGCGGUGGGCCCGGGACGUGCGCGCUUGGUGCGCGAACCUGAAGGGGAGCUCCAAGGGGCCUGGGUCGCCAGGGUUGCUGCUGCAAUUUUCAGAGCCCGGCGAGGGGCCCGCGAGUCACUGGCUCAGGCCGUCCAGGGCCCCGGGCGCACCCGGUGGCCGCUGCUCAGCGGAGGGAGCGCGGCGGCGCGGGGUCUCGGAGACAGCUUUUCUCCCGGAAGCCUUCCUCGGGCCGCAGGUGGAAAGUGGGGGCCGGAGCGGCAGCAGGCCGCGUCCUCUCCGCAGGUCGGCACCAUGCGACCUGCAGCACUACGCGGGGCCCUGCUGGGCUGCCUCUACCUGGCGUUGCUUUGCCUGGGCGGUGCGGACAAGCGCCUGCGUGACAACCAUGAGUGGAAAAAGCUAAUUAUGGUUCAGCACUGGCCUGAGACGGUAUGUGAGGAAAUUCAAAACGACUGUAGAGACCCUCCGGAUUACUGGACAAUACAUGGACUAUGGCCUGAUAAAAGUGAAGGAUGUAAUAGAUCGUGGCCCUUCAAUUUAGAAGAGAUUAAGGAUCUUUUGCCAGAAAUGAAGGCAUACUGGCCUGAUGUCAUUCACUCGUUUCCCAAUCGCAGCCGCUUCUGGAAGCAUGAGUGGGAAAAGCAUGGGACCUGUGCCGCCCAGGUGGACGCACUCAACUCCCAGAAGAAGUACUUUGGCAGAAGCCUGGAACUCUACAGGGAGCUGGACCUCAACAGUGUGCUCCUAAAAUUGGGGAUAAAACCAUCCAUCAAUUACUACCAAGUUGCAGAUUUUAAAGAUGCCCUCGCCAGAGUAUAUGGAGUGAUACCCAAAAUCCAGUGCCUUCCACCAAGCCAGGAUGAAGAAGUACAGACAGUUGGUCAGAUAGAACUGUGCCUCACUAAGCAAGACCAGCAGCUGCAAAACUGCACCGAGCCGGGGGAGCAGCCGUCCCCCAAGCAGGAAGCCUGGCUGGCAGAUGGGGACGCCGAGAGCCGGGGUCUGAGGGUCUGUGAAGAUGGCCCAGUCUUCUAUCCCCCACCUAAAAAGAUCAAGCAUUGAUGCCCACGUUUUGGAAAUAUUCUGUUUUAAAAAGCAAGAGAAAUUCACAAAUUGCAGCUUUCUAAAAAACAACUCCAAAGUGAA